AUGGACCCCGGUUUGGAGCUCGGGAAAGCCGCUCGGCUUUCGGUGCCGGCAAUGUCGUUUGCACGGGUCUGCGUUGAGAUAACUGCUGAUCAACCUUUGUGUGACUCAAUUGAGCUAGAACAUGAAGGAGAAACCAUUGAGGUUGGAGUUGAAUAUGAAUGGAGGCUAGUCGCCUGCUCAAGUUGCGGAAUUUUUGGUCACAAGUGCCCUCCAUCUGCUGAAAAACCUUCUGCUUGUGCCUCAGAAGCACAACCUUUGGUAUCUACAUCCGGAGUUCAUCCUGCUCCUGCUGCAUAUACGGUUCUUCCCUCUCUGAUGGAUACCGCCCCUACUCAGCAAGUGGUAGUCGAGGCCUCUUUGGCCCCUGUUUUACCUUCGGCUACACCACAAAUGCCGCUGCCUGUAGUCCCUGAUCCCACCAGCAUCCUUCCUGUUACUAUCAGAGCUAAUCAAGGGCGAUCCCAGCAGAAGUCAGGUCUCGCGUCCCCUGUUGGCUCUCACCAUAAUUCAGAUGUAGAUGAGAUUUGUAGUGAUGAUGAUCUGCUCUCAGAUAGACCCCUGUCCUCAAAAGGCCCGAGUUCUUCUAAGGCGGUUAUGAGCGUUCAGGACCAACUUUUGUUACUUCCACCGGACCUUCCUGCACUGCCCCCUUCGGCUGUUCCUAAGGCGACUUCUACUAGUCGCAAGGCCUCCAAGAGGAGACGUGCGGAAAUUAGAAAGUUUGUUUCUUCAAACAAGUUGUGCCUGGUGGGGCUUUUUGAGACUAAAGUUCCUGAAUCUCUUUUUGAUUCCAUAUCUUUUACCUUGCUGAGAGGAUGGAAGUGGGUCGCCAAUUAUGAUUGUGCCUCGCAUGGUAGAAUUUGGCUAGGGUGGAACUCGGAUUUUGCAAAUUUUGAUCUUAUCUCUACUAGUGAUCAGGCUAUUCAUGGCCGCUUCAAGCUUAAUGCCAUCAAUACCUCCUGCUGCAUUUCGACGGUGUAUGGAGAGCACACUUUUGUCAAACGCAGGUCUCUGUGGGAGGAUCUCGUCCAUUGCAAUGAUCUUUUUCAAGAUUCCACUUGGCUUGUGGCGGGCGAUUUCAACGCUAUAAAGGACCCUUCUGACCGUCUUGGUGGUUCUAAUACUUGGAAGCAAAGGAAGAUUGACAGGGUCUUAGUUAACACUAAAUGGAACAUCGACUUCUCCUUUUCAGAAGCGGCUUUUUUGAACCCCAGAAUAUCUGAUCACUCUCCGAUGUUUGUCAGGCAAGCAUGGAACUCUCCAGUGAUUGGCUAUCCCAUGUUCAGGCUUGUCUCUAAAUUGAAAUUUCUAAAGGCUUGCCUCAAAUCGCUAAACCAAGAAGCUUUCUCGGACAUCUCUAUUAGAUCUACUAAAGCUAGAGAAGCUCUUCGGUCUACUCAAGUUGGUCUCCAAUCUGAUCCUAAUAAUGUUGAUCUUGCAAAACUUGAAAGAUGCCAGCGACGUAUUUUUAUUGACCUUCGUGGUCAAGAAGAAUCCUUUUAUCGCCAGAAAUCAAGAGUUAAAUGGCUUAAGGAGGGAGAUCGCAACACAAAGUUUUUCCACAACUCUGUGAAGGCGAGACACCUCACCAAUCAAAUCCUCUCUGUUAAGGACUCCUCUGGCUCUCUUAUCACCGAUCCAACUCGGGUGCCGCAGGUUUUUGUCUCUUUUUUCUCGGAUCUAUUAUCCCCCCAUGAUACCCUUGUCAAGCCGUCCCUGGAAGACUUGCAGCAAGUUAUUCGCAGCCCACUCUCGGAUGCCCAAGGUUGCUCCAUUGCUGCACCUGUCUCGGACUCUGAGAUUAAAGACACCCUUUUUUCUCUUUCAAGAAGUAAAGCUCCGGGCCCUGACGGCUUUACUGCUGAAUUCUAUAAAAACAAUUGGAGAAUUGUUGGACCUUUGGUGAUUCGGGCUGUGAAGGAUUUUUUUUCCUCAGGUCAUCUCCUGAAAGAAGUUAAUGCUACAAUUUUGGCGUUAAUACCUAAGGUACCUAAUGCUUGCGAGGUUACUGAUUUCAGACCUAUUGCGUGCUACAAUACUAUUUAUAAAGUCAUUACAAAAAUCUUGGCAAAUCGGAUUGCUAUGGUUCUAAAUAGUAUUAUUAAUCAUGCUCAAAACGCCUUUGUCAGAGGUAGGAGGAUUAGAGACAACAUUUUAUUGGCACAAGAGCUAUUUGCAGGUUUUCACCAUGAUCCUUAUCUUCCGAAAUGUGCCAUUAAAGUUGACUUCCGCAAAGCUUAUGAUACUAUGGAUUGGGAUUUCUUGGAGUUAACCCUUCUAGCCUUCCGGUUUCCGGAGUGGUUUAUUAAACUGGUCAUGGUUUGCGUUCGCAUGCCUAUGUUCUCUAUCUCUAUCAAUGGGGAGCUUCACGGCUUCUUUGCUAGUGGCAAAGGCAUCCGGCAAGGAGACCCGAUGUCUCCUUAUCUAUUUACCCUUGUGAUGGAAGUUUUUUCGGGCAUCAUCAAUCUGAGGACCUCCGUCAAAGAUUUCAAGUUCUUUUGGAGAUGUAAAUCUACGAGACUCUCCCAUCUCUUUUUCGUUGACGACGUCUUCCUGUUCUGCCGUGCGAAUCGGAAGUCGGCGGUGGUCCUUAAAAGGAGCCUUGACACGUUCUCCUCCUAG